UUACUCUGAUUUUCCGAAAACAAUAUUAAAUUAACCUCUCUCUGUCAAGCUCACCGCACUUCAGAGUUGCUUUUCACAGUAAUUAAUAUUGCACGUAAAUCUACCAGAAAUUAAGGCGGAACAUGGAUUUGCAAGAGUUUUGCAGAGCCUUGCCUAAAAUAGAACUUCACGCACAUUUGAAUGGGUCACUCAGUAUAGAGACUAUGAAAAAAUUGUCACAAAAGAAAAAUUCUUCAGAAUGGAACGAUUACGAUAUAAUGGCAUUGACGAAACACUCAUCUCUGGAUGAAUGCUUCAAAGUUUUUGCAAUCGCUCACUCUCUCACAGACACACCACAGGCAGUUUCAGCUGCAACUCGAGACACCAUAGAAGAGUUCUAUAGAGAUAAUGUGAUUUAUCUUGAGUUGCGAAGUACACCUAGAGCGGUGGAAGGAAAAAUGACAAAAAUGCAAUAUGUCAAUGCUAUAAUUUCUGGAAUUCAAGCAUCUGCCAUCAAGUGUCCAAAUAUAAUAGUGAAGCUCUUAAUAUCGCUUGACCGGAAAGAUCCAUAUGAAGUUGCCAGAGAAAAUGCAGAAUUGGCAAUCAGCUUACACACAAAAUAUCCAAAUUACAUUGUUGGUAUUGACUUGAGUGGUGAUCCUACUAAAGGUGAUGCUUAUCUCCAUUUGUUGGAGCAAUGUCGACAAGUUGGACUGAAAAUUUCUGCACAUUGUGGCGAAGUUCCGAACGAAAUGGAAAUCGUAGAUAUUCUUAACUUCAGACCCGACAGGCUCGGCCAUUGUACAGCUGUUCAUCCUCAUUUAAGAGGUUCAGAUUAUUUGUAUCAAAUGCUUCUUCAAUCAAGAAUCCCUGUCGAACUAUGUCUCACGUCAAACGUGAAAUGCAAAACAGUACCAUCGUACGAGCAACAUCAUUUCGCCUACUUAUACCAUGCGAGGCAUCCAAUUUGCAUAGCCACCGACGACAAAGGUGUAUUCGAUACCAGUUUGUCGAUGGAGUACGCGCUCGUAGGCAAAUAUUUUGGUCUCACGCAACGUCAGCUCAAGGACAUAUCAUUGAUGUCCGUACAAUACGCGUUUGGGAGUGACAUGGAAAAGUCUACGUUGGCUCAGGCAAUAAACGCGUUUCCCUGUUACUAAUCGUUAAGGACCGGAUCACACCAAAAUACAUCGGAAUCAUCGAUAGAUAAUAACUUUUCACUUUUAUACCGCACUUCAACAACCUCGAUUACAGUUUAUCGAAAAUUCAUUUCAUCAUCCUGUCGAGGUAUUUUCGUGAAUGAUAAAUCUUAUUGAAAAACUAACGUUCCGUCAUAAUCUAUUAUAUCGUAUUUGAUAGUGGGAAAAAAAUUUUUUUGUAUUACUAUGA